GGUCAAAGGUCUAUGUUGUGACAGACUGCUCAAUGUUAAUCGAACGAGUGGCAACAUGGAUUUAUACGCCUGCUUGGCAUUUCGAGGAUUUUAAAAUGAAUAUAUCUGUGGCGACUGUUUUAACACAAUCAUGAAUUUAGUUUGACCAUUUCUUUGUUCGAUGUCACAACAGACUUCGCCCGGAUGAACCUGCUGUCACAAAAAUACAGGAUAUUAGGCAAAAAAGGUGAAGGUACCUUUUCUGAUGUACUCAAGUGCCAAAAUAAGGAAGAUGGGACGUAUGUUGCGUGUAAAAAGAUGAAGCAGACUUAUGAAAGCUGGGAGCAGGUGCAGCACCUGCGUGAAAUACAAGCCAUGCGACGUCUCAACCCACACACGAAUGUCCUAGAUCUCCUGGAGAUUAUCUUUGACAAAAAGUCGGGAACAUUAGUCCUUGUUGUGGAGCUUAUGGACAUGAACAUGUAUGAACUCAUAAAAGGAAAGCAGCAGCGUUUAGGGGAACCCCUUGUAAAACGCUAUAUGUAUCAGUUACUAAAAUCUGUAGAUCACAUGCAUAGGAAUGGAAUCUUUCAUCGAGAUGUAAAACCAGAAAAUAUACUGAUAAAGGAAGAUUUGCUGAAACUAGCUGAUUUUGGUUCCUGUAGAAGCGUGUACUCUAAACAACCAUACACAGAGUACAUCUCCACAAGAUGGUACCGUGCCCCGGAGUGUCUGCUGACCGAUGGCUACUACACAUUCAAGAUGGACAUGUGGAGUGUGGGAUGUGUCUUUUUCGAGAUUCUAAGUCUUCAUCCAUUGUUUCCUGGCUCUAAUGAAGUUGACCAGAUUGCAAAGAUCCAUGACAUUAUGGGCACUCCGGAAAGCGGUGUGCUAAAGAAGAUGAAGAAUCGCUCAAGAGGAGCUAGAUCGCGGGGCAUCAGCUUCAACUUCCCCCAGAAGCAGGGCACAGGUAUCCAGCGAUUUCUGCCCCAUGUAUCCCAGGAAGCCAUAGAACUCAUCAACAAAAUGUGUACCUAUGAUCCUGAUGACCGGGUCUCCGCACGAUGUGCCAUCAAACAUGCUUAUUUCAAAGAACUGAGGGACGCAGACAGACGAGCUGCAGCACUUACUCAAACUCGUCGUAGAGAUGAGGGAAAGAAAGGCGAUGGCAAUGAGCGCCCCCAUCGAGACCGAGAAAGAGAACGAGAAAGAGAUCGAGAUAGAGAACGAGAAAGAGACCACGAGACAGUCGAAACCAUAGCCGAUAAAAAGAAGGAACCUGUCCUACAAGACGAGCGACCUUCUGAAGUUGUGAUGUACCCUAUACGAGCAACCAAAGCACAGUCAAAUCCAACCAAAGGGCGGCGACAACGACACCAAAAUUUACGGCGCUAUGCAGAAAGCCAGCAAUAUCCAAACCACACUGGGCUGCUGCCUCGAGUGACGAUGCACCACCCCACAUACAACCCCACAUACCACAGCACUUCCAUGCCAGCAUACAAGAACUUUGAGGGUCCAACUGGGGGGUCCAUAUUUCCAGCUAUCAACAAUGUUAAUACGUUCAAACCACACAAGGCUCAGUCCAAGUCCAAGAAUCUGUUCUCCUACACGCUACCUUCAGUUGACCGACAAUAGGCUCCUUCACAUUCAAGGGGAGAACACUCUCAUACGCUACAGCAACCUUGUCACAGACCCUUCAGUCAGGAGCACGUGGGCACACCACAAUGCUGGCAACUCCAGUUCAGUCUCAAUAGAAUCAGUGUGACAUUGAGUAACCAACAGCGACCAAGCUGACGGAGAUAAGACAACUGUUAUACUGAGUAUAUAACAUAUAUAUGAUUUCAAAGAACAGUAGAAAUGUCAAAUGUGAUAUCACAGAUGUCGCCCUUUUUAGUUUGUCAUCCAAGAUUCCCCAAACGGCUGUGAUAAAAGCAGAUUCAGUUACACCAGUGACUUGCAGCCGAAAGCAUUCUUUGCCCAUGUGCAAAUGAAAUAAUAUUGAAGUAGGAAUUGAUUUGUUAACAACAGGCUUGACAUAUGCUUUGGUGUCUUUCAGAACUAUUUAUUUUUUAGGAUUUGCUAAUGACACUGUGAUACUGCUUCUCUUCUAGAGGUCAUUUUAUUGUCUGGCUGCACUGUAGGCACAUCCAUAAAUAGGCGACAGUGUUGCAUGCAAGUCACCAUCACAAAAUAUUUGCCUCACACCAAAGAAUUAUCUACAAUUAUCUAUUCUGUUUCGGUAUUAUAUUUGAACACUACUUGUUUCUGUGAGAAUAACCUAGAACAUCUAUUUCCCAUCAUUGGGAAAGGACAGAUCUGAGGCUUGUUGUCUUGGCUUGAGGUUGAUAGUGGCUUCUAUAGUCCGUUUGGCUCAAAAUCUGACCGAUGAAUUGCAAUCUAUCUCGAAAACUACUAAACAUAUAAUACUCAAUGAAACACUGAUCAUAAUCAAAACAU